CUUCCCUCCUUUCUGUUCAUGACGUGACAAUACAAUGGAGUCAAAAAGGAAUUUCUUCUUCCAUUACCAGCUUCUUUCAUCUGCGUCUUCUUCAUAGGUUUUUCAAUACCUAAAAAUUCUCAGAGCUCCUAUAGUGAGAGAGAGGAUUUCGUUGAGUCUUUAUUGUUGUUUUGGGAAUAGGAGGAUAUAGAAGGGAUGAAGACUCCGCUUAGAAAGUUGCGAGGUUUCGGGCUUCACAAGCACCAGCACAAGGAGCGCAGAGAUAUCCGGCCUUUGUCACAAUUGGACGAGCUAGCUCAGGCUUCGCUGGACAUGCAAGAUAUGAGAGACUGCUAUGAUAGUUUACUUUCUGCCGCUGCCGCAACUACAAACAGUGCUUAUGAAUUCUCAGAGUCAUUGCGGGAAAUGGGUGCUUGUCUUCUUGAGAAAACUGCAUUGAAUGAUGAUGAAGAAAGUGGCAGAGUUCUACUAAUGCUAGGAAAAGUACAGUUUGAACUGCAGAAACUUAUUGAUGGCUAUCGGUCUCAUAUAUACCAAACAAUCACAAUCCCAUCAGAGUCUCUUCUCCACGAACUUCAAACUGUUGAGGAGAUGAAGCGCCAAUGUGAUGAGAAAAGGGAUGUAUAUGAUUAUAUGAUAACAAGACAAAGAGAAAAAGGGGGAUCAAGAAGUGGAAAAGGAGAGAGUUUUUCCAUGCAGCAGUUAGAAACCGCUCGCGAUGAAUUUGAUGAGGAAGCAGCGUUUUAUGUUUUCCGGUUGAAAUCUCUAAAGCAAGGACAAUCACGAAGUCUUCUUACACAAGCAGCUCGUCACCAUGCUGCUCAGUUGUGCUUCUUCAAGAAGGCAGUUAAAUCUCUUGAGGCAGUAGAACCGCAUGUGAAAUUGAUAACUGAACAGCAGCAUAUUGAUUACCAUUUCAUCGAACUUCAUGAUGGGGAUGAAAGUGAUAACGAUGAUGACAAUGACGAUUACUAUGAUAUGCAUGAUGAUAGUGAGUUGAGUUUUGACUAUGGACAAAAUGAUCUGGAGCAUGAUGUUUCUACAUCCCAAAAAUCAAUGGAGCUCAAUCAGGUGGAUAUUACAUUUCCCCAGGUUGCAACUCUGGAAGCUGUCAAGGAAAAUCUGGAUAGGCCUGACAGUAAUUCUUUUACUUACAAGGCUAGGUCAGGUAGUCAAUCAGCCCCACUUUUUGCUGAGAAUAAAUUUGGUUCUGCUGAAAGAACUGGGCAGAUGCGGCCAUCAUCAACUAGGAAGUUGCAGACGUAUGUGCUACCCACUCCAGUUGAUAUGAAGAGUUCAAUUUCUGCCGGAACAGUUAAUCUGAUGCUCCACAAAACACAGACUCCUCCAUUCGACCACACUAGGAAUUUGUGGCAUUCAUCCCCAUUGGAUCCAAAAAAUUAUGAAAAAAUUUUGGUAGACGAGAAACUCUCCAGACCCACUGAAAUCAACGCUCAGUCUGUACUCAAAGAGAGCAUCAACAACACUGCAUCCACUCUCUUGCCCCCUCCUUCAGCUGAUGGGAUUUUAUUUCCACAUCACUAUACAUUUGCAGCUUCUGAUCCCAAAAAACUCAAAAGACCUUUUUCUGGUCCAUUAAAGAGUGAACGAUGGCCUACCAAGCUAGUGUCAGUGGAACGCCCCUAUUUGAAUUCUGGACCUCUUCUUCGAAAUCCAGCAUCUUAUCUUCCAUCAACAUCUCCAAAAGCAUCUCCUAGUACUUCCCCUACUUUUGUGUCCUCGCCUAGAAUAAGUGAGCUUCAUGAACUUCCUAGGCCCCCUGCAAGUUCAACCCCCAAGUCUUCAAGACCUGAGGGUUGGGCUGGUCAUUCAGCCCCCUUGGGUUCCAAGGAUCAAAUGCCUUCUGCUAUAAAGAAAUCUGUUGUGUCAAAUGCCGCAUCUCCAUUGCCAACACCUCCACAAACAAUUUCGCGUAGUUUCUCCAUACCUUCAAGUAGUUCAAGUGUGAGAACUUCCCAUACAUCGACACCCCUGCAAGCUCUUCAUGGCAUGGAGAUGGCCGAAGAUGUUUCUUCACCCCCCCUGAUACCAGUAGCCCUUUCUAGCAAUCAGCUGUCAUCAACUAAUUCUGACACUGUUACUCGCACUGUUGAAAUUAGAGGUGCCGAUUGAUUCCAUUAAAUAUUCAGUGACAAUUUUGUUUUGUAUUUAGCUACAAAAGACAUGGGAGCGAGAUUGUUUGUCACCUUUUCGUACAGCUGAAGAUCUGUAAAUGUUUCCUUCACCUACAAUUUUUAUUCAUUUCUUUUAGCUGCCAUGUUCACCGAAUAAGCAUAGAUUAAUUGAAUAAAUGUCAAUGUUUUCCAUCAUUUUUUGGAGAGUUUUGUAUUUCCUGCAAGCACUUAAUAGCCGAUUGUUCUUUUCUUUCUAUC